AUGGCUGAGGUCCAACUUAUUGCCACCCUGCGACCGGCCCCGGGAAAGGAGACUGAGGUUAGACACCUUCUUUGCGACACGGCCCGUCUUGUGGAGCAGGCAGAACCAUCAUGGGCCAAUAUCAAUGCCCUUGAGCACCACCAUAGUCGUCCCUGGCUCCGCCAGAUGUAUUCAACAUUUUUGGAGAAGCAGCUAUUAGACGGUCCAGAGCAGAUUGAGAUGCUGACAGUUAUUGCUGGGUUUGCCGUGCGUUAG